CUCGGUACGGUCUCGAGAACACUAUAAACCGCUGGAUAAGCUUCCGUUCAAAACAGUAUAUGAACUAGAAUUUAGAAAAACAGAAUGUCCGAGAUUACAUUUCCACCAGCAGAGCCGAAGAACAACAACUACCAGCCAUAUUAUCGACGUUUGGUUGCUUUGAAAAACCACGGAAAUUACAAAGACUGGCCCCAAGAGGUCAAAGAUGGAAUUGAUCACGUGAUAAAACUCAUUGAUGCACGUGAGAAUUACGUCGAGGAUGUGUGUUCAAAACCCGGGAAAGUACUGGCGGAAAUCAGCGAGUUCACGGAAACUACCGACUGGGCUGAGUUACAUAAAAGCGGGAAAACUACAUGUCUAUUGCCUUCUAGCAUGUUGACAGGUCACGUUGAAGGUUUGUUUUUGAAGUUCCUGGUAAGCAUGCAACAAGCAAAGUAUGUUCUCGAUAUUGGAAUGUUUACCGGAUACAGCGCCCUGUCGAUGGCGGAAGCGCUUCCUGCCGACGGUAAAGUGUUCACGUGUGACCGGGAACAAUAUCUUGCUGACCUCAACCGGAAGGUGUUUGAUUCGUCACCUCACGGGAAGAAGAUAGAAAUUCGACUAGGAGAUGUAGGAGAUACUCUGAAGGCACUGGCUAAAGACGGCGUACAGAUCGACUUCGUGUUCCUGGAUGCUGGCGCGGAGAAGUAUGGGGAAUAUUUUGAUUUUCUUCUUGACAAAAACAUCCUUGCACCCCGGGGCACGAUCGCCGUCGAUAACACUCUUUGGUUUGGGCGAUCUUACCUGGAACACGAAAACCACAGGGCAAAGUUUAACAAAAAGAUCACAGAAGAUCGGAGAGUACAACAGGUCCUGUUGCCAGUCCGAGAUGGCAUCAUGCUGAUCAGAAGAACUGGUGAUGUAGACGGCCAGGUGUAAAUCACAGAAAGAGAGAGAACUUGAGAUGUUUUAAGUGUAAAUCACAGAGAGUGAAAACUUGAGAUAUGUUAGUGUAAAUCACACAUAGAGACGCGCAGUGUUGUUUUUACGUGUCUAUAUCCUUUCACGGUUCAGACACGUCCAUCCUAAGUCAAAUCUCUGGCGACGUGCAAUGUCUUGUUUCAUGUUUUAGGCAACACACCACCAUUUGGCGUGUCGUUACUUGCUGUAGCAGCUUAAUAUAGUCCGGUUUAGGAAAUAGUUCCUCAUAAAAAAAAUACUACACAAUUCUGAUAUGUUUU